CCAAGGGUGGCGGUGAAGCUCAAUGGAGUUCUCAGAAACUUGUGGAUAUGGCGGAUCCACUGGCGCUGUGGUGGCUUGCGAUGUUCACCAUGGCUUCUUCUUCGCGCCUCAUCCCCGCAUUGCAGCAAUUGUUGGUGCAAUUGUUGGUGCAGGAGCAGAAGCAGCAGCAGCAGCAAUGGCGACCACCACCAUGGCAAUGACGUGCUCGGCCUCGAGCCUCAACGCCCACUCGUCGUGCUCGUCCUCUUCACAGGCAGGAUGCUCAUCCACAACGCAGGAUCUCGCAUGGUUUCCGCAGCGCCUGGGCAAUGGAAGCCAGACGAGCUCCAAGAGAACCGUGCUGGUCAGAGCUGGCAAAGGACCUCCAAAACAAGGACGAGGUUAUAAUUCUAAAAAAGCUGCUGCAGAGGGUAUCAAGAAGAUCAUGCGCGAACGCGAAUCUGAUUCUUCCUCUGAUGGAUGGGUCCAGGUGUUGACAGAGGCGGAGCUACCUGAUGGCAAGAACAAGGCUAUCAUCUACAACAACGCAGGUUAUGUGCUGGUGAAGAGGGAUAAUGAGUUAUAUGCUAUUCAAGCCAAUUGUACUUCCUGCAAAUUCCCCGUAAUUGAGGGCACGGUUAGCGUAGCAGAGGCUGCUUCUGAUGGACCUUCACAAGGUGAAACGCAGAUAGAAUGCCCUCUCUGUCAUACCAAAUUCUCCCUAGAGGAUGGGAGGGUGGUGGAGUAUUGCCCCAAAGAUGGCCCGCUUGCGUGGGCAAUAGGAACCUUGAAACAAAAAGAAGCCCCAGUUCCAGCAAAGGUGUAUUCUGCCCGGAUCUCGAAAUCAGGUCGAGUAUACGUCAAGUUCGCAGCAGGAAGUCCAGCUAUUCCUUGAUAAGGGGCAGAACUGGGUUUGAAGCUUACAAGCUGGGCGAUCGUGGUCUGUAGUAAUUCUUUUACAAAAAGCUGUGAUAUCACAUCAUUUUCCUGCUCUGAUUCAUGUAACAGAAAGUAGGCGGUUGCUGAAAGCUUGGUGUAUAUCAUCUAUACACUUAAGUUAUGGAAUCUGUUCUGGCUUCGCUGGUUGUAUUGCGUCGUUUACUUCAUUUCAUAUCAUCCCAGGAUAAAACCAAUCUCCUUGGUUUGGUCUUUUCUUUUCAGAACAAAGUAGUGUUUACAUAUGUAUUUUUAAAUUAGUAAUAAAUCAGGAAUAUCUCCUAAUCUCAAUUGUUGAA